CCGUGCCCCCUUCCUCCUCUUUUUCGUUUGAACUUUUUGCAGCCGCUGCUACUUGGAGCCACAGAGACCACCGAGAGAGAGAACAUCCAUUGGAGACAACAUCAAGUUUCUUCUGGUCCUCUCCUUGGAUAUUAACUGCACCCUGAACCCCAAUCAAGUUGGAAAUGCCGGCCCUCUGCAGCAGAGAGACGAUCCGUUUGCAUUCCAACGAAAUGCUAGAGAGCAUGUGAUCUUAGGUUCAAUUGGGGUUGCAGCGGCGCUAAUUCUGAGAUUUCCUUCCCUCACGUGGUCAAUUGGAGUUGAAAAAAUGGGAGAGUUGUAGUGGUAGCUGAAGCUCGGGUCUGUGGAUCAAUUAGAGGAAAACUUGAGGAGUGGGCGAGGCUUCAGCGAAGUGGGUUGCUGCAGGAAGCUAUAGGCGUGGGUUUUGUGGUUGCUUAGAGUCCUACCACUUUGCUGUCCUCGUCUUCCUCCUCUUCUCUAUCGGCCUUGUCUUUCGCCAAAUGAACAUCUCGGUCCCCGAUGAAGCCUCCUCUUCAUCAUCCCCCACCUCCUCGUCCUGCUCCUCGAAGGGUUCGCUCUACGUCGAAGGGUUCGCUCUACGAUGUGUUCAUAAGCUUCAGAGGCGAAGACACACGUAAAAGCUUCAUAAGCCACCUCUAUAAAGCAUUAACAAAUGCCGGAGCCCACGCCUUUAUUGACGACGAAGAACUAACAAGAGGAGAAAAUAUAAAUACCGACCUAGUGCGGGCAAUCCAAGGUUCUAAGAUCUCUCUCAUCGUCUUCUCAAGCCGGUACGCGGACUCCAGCUGGUGCCUCGAUGAGCUGCUUCAUAUCAUGGAGUGUAGAACAACGCUGGGGCAAAAAGUUAUACCGAUAUUCUAUGACAUUGAUCCUUCGGAUGUCAGGCACCAGAAAAAUAGUUUUCAUAUAUCGUUUCUGAAACAUACAGAUAAAAAGAAUGUAGCGAGAUGGAGAGCUGCACUUACUCAAGCUGCAAAUUUGUCUGGCUGGGAUUCCCGGAAAUUUGAGGAUGACGCAAAGUUGAUCAGUAUGAUUACUAUUGGCGUCUGUUUCGAACUGAACAAGACAUAUUUAGACGUAGCGCCCUACCAAGUCGGAAUAGAUUCCCGAGUGUUAGAUAUUAGUAAAUAUUUAGGCGUUGGAGAUUCAGAUGGUGUUCGCGUGAUUGGAAUUUCAGGCAUGGGUGGAAUAGGAAAAACAACAAUUGCCAGAGCUGUUUAUAACGAAUUUUAUGACAAGUUUGAACAUAAAAGUUUCCUUGAAAAAGUGAGGGAAAAGGCAGUAGAAAAAUUGCAAAAACAACUUCUUUCAGAUAUCUUGCAAAUGACCAAGACAAAGGUAAGCAGUGUCGCUGCAGGUACCGCCUUGGUAGGGGAAAGAUUUCGACGCUUAAAGGUACUUGUCAUAUUUGAUGAUGUAGACGAUGUGAAGCAGCUACGCGAAUUAGCUGGAAAUCGCCGCUCUUUUGGCCCAGGGAGCAGAAUUAUCAUCACAACAAGAAACAAACAUAUGCUACAAGAAUUUGAAGUUGAUAAGAUAUAUCCGGCGAAAGGAAUGGAACAAGAAGAAGCUCUUGAGCUCCUAAGUUGGCAUGCUUUCGGAAGUAAGUAUUGUCCGAGUGGAUAUCUCAAGCUUGCAAGAGAAGUUGUCGAUUACUGUGGAGGACUGCCAUUGGCUCUUCAAGUUUUAGGUUCGACCCUGUUCAAAAGAAGCAUAGGAGAGUGGAAAAGUACAUUGGAUAAACUGGAAAAAAUUCCUCCUCGAAGAAUUCAUGAACAGCUGAAAAUAAGCUACGACGGGCUAGAUGAUUACGAGAGGGAGAUAUUCCGCGAUAUAUCGUGUUUCUUUAUUGGGAUGGACAAGAAUGAUGUCAUGCAAAUCUUGGAUGGUUGUGGCUUUUCUGCAACGGCAGGAAUCGAGGUCCUCCAUGGACGGUGCCUUGUAACUGUUAGUAGAAAAAACAAGCUAAUGAUGCAUGAUUUGCUUCGGGACAUGGGCAGAGAAAUCGUGCGUGCAGAAAAUCCCAAGUAUCCUGAAAAACGGAGUAGGUUGUGGCGUCCUGAAGAUGUAAAAGCUUUAUUGAUAGACAAUUCUGGAACUGAAGAAAUUGAAGGACUGUCUUUGAAUUUGCCGAGUCAUGAUGAAGAGACUAGUUUCAGCACUGAGGCAUUUACAAAUAUGAAGAGACUGAGAUUGCUCCAACUCAAGUACAUUCAGCUCACAGGAGAAUAUCAUUGUCUCUCCAAAAAAUUAAAAUGGUUGUGCUGGCGUGGAUUCCCUCUAAAGUUCAUACCAAAAGACUUGUGUCAACCAAAUAUAGUUGCUAUUGACAUAAGAUAUAGUAGCCUCAGACAAGUUCUUUGUGAGGCAUCCGGGUUGCUUGAAAAGUUGAAGAUUCUAAAUCUCAGCCAUUCUCAUGACCUAACACGAUCACCGGACUUUUCAAAACUCCCAAAUCUUGAGAAAUUGAUACUCAAAGGUUGUAAGAGAUUGUCUAAUGUUCACGAAUCGAUUGGAGAUCUGAAGAGUCUAUUUUUGGUAAAUUUGGAAGGCUGCAAAAUGCUUAAGAAUCUCCCUAAUACUUUUUAUAAGCUGGAAUCUGCUAAAUUUGUUGUUCUUAAAGGUUGUUCAGAAUUCAAAAACUUGUCUGAGGACUUAGGAAAAAUGUCAUCCUUGACAACUCUUGUUGCAGAUGAGACGGCCAUAACAGAAGUACCAUCGUCCAUCGCACGACUGGGGAACCUUCAGUCCUUAUCUCUGCGUAACAUGAGGUCGUCUUUGAAGUUACCUCCUUCGUUAAUGGGCAUGCACGCAUUAAGAGAAUUAGAUCUUAGUGGCGGCAAUUUAAAGGAAAUUCCUAACGAUAUCAGGAGUCUAUCUUCUUUGGUAUCAUUACUUCUGGACCGCAAUGGUUUCCAUAGCCUUCCAAGCUUCAGUAGCCUCUCCAGGCUUCUAAGACUAAGCCUGAAUGGUUGCGAAGACCUGGUUGAAAUCACUGAUGAUUUACCACCAAAUUUGAGUCUCUUGAGUAUGAAUGACUGCACUGCACUAGAAAGAAUGCCAAAUUUAUCAGGAUGGCCGAGAGUUGUGGCUCUAGAUGGUUCCUCCAAUCUCAUUGAGUUUCAGGGCUUGGACAGGGCGUUAAACACGGGUAUGAUACUUGGCAUGCGAGCGCACAACAGAAUCUCUGAAUUCCUAUUCAAGGAUAGCACACUACAGGGAUGGACUGGUACUGGAUAUAUUUAUCUUCGAGCAAAUCAUAUUCCGACUUGGUUCAAUAUCGUCAACAAGAAGGGUGACCGAGUCUAUUUUCAAGUGCCUCAUGAAAUCGGUUAUAAGUUAAAAGCGUUGGCCGUGUGCUUCUCUUGUCGUCCUCAUAAGUUGAACUCUCCUUUGACAUAUUCCAUUUCUGUUAUCAAUCAUACCAAGUGCACUUGCAUUCAUGCCGAUGUAUCCGAUUUCUAUCCGCCUGCUCGCUUGGAAGAAUACCUUUGGAUGGGACAUUUCUCAAACGACGACUUCAAAUUGGAGGGCGGCGACUCCGUCCAUGUUAUUGUACAAGCCCGAGACACUGAGACUGGGUUCAUCAGGGUGGAGAAAACAGGGGUACGUCUAGUAUCUGACAAACGUAUCAACUUCAGCUUUUCGUCUAUUCAUUACGGUUCCAUCUCUUAUGAUGAGGCCAUCAACAAAUUUUAUGAUGAUGAUCAUGAUCAUGCCGAUCAUGACAAUGACGACGAUCAUGCCGAUCAUGACGAUGACGAUGAUGAUGAUUGAUCAUGAUGAUGAUGACGACAAGGACGACGCUGACGAUCAUUUAUCAUAGACCAUUAGAGAUUGAGGUUUGAUACCUGUAUUUGACUACAGAGACGGCUCAGCUUUCACCUAGUGUGGUUAUAUAAUUUCUUUAAAAAUGCAUUCACUUAGUGUGGUUAAUACCUUUUUAUUUUCAACUGUUGUGGUGGUGGUUAAUUUCUAUCAUCAAUGCAUUUUUAAGUUUUGGAAAAGCAAUUUAAAAAAGAAAUACUUGAGACAUGUCUUCAAUGAGCGAGCAUAUGGGGGCUGGAAGUGGUCGUUUAACACUUGAGAUAUGACUUUCAUAUGUCUCAUUGUUGUCAUUUAGGGAUCAUGAGUGGUCGUUUAA